AUGAAAUAUGAUGAUGUAUAGUCUCCUUAAUUGUGUGAUGAUCACAUACCCAAGCUUCCAAAUCCAAGACGAUCAGCAAUUUUUAAGGCCACUAAUGCCAUCAAUCUAACUAAGUUGGAUAGUAAGUAUCAAGAGAAAAAUGACAUGUUGGUGGCUUAAAUUUACAAGAUAGUCAAACAUAUGCCUUCUGAUGACAGAUAAUUAAAGGCGGAGAGACAUAUAUAUGAUGCUUAUUAUCUAAGAACAAUCAGAAAUGAUAUUGAUAUGGCUGAUAAAGUGUUAUUAAAAUAUUUAUGGAAAAUUGAAAACAGCAGGAAUUGGGGUGGAAUGCUCUUCGCAAUUACUUUAUUUUAUCAGAUUCUUACAUUCUUUGAAAAGCCUUUUCCGAAUUCGGAUUAUUAAGAAAGUUCAUCCAUCUCUAAAUUAGAGCUCAUUAUAUUGAUUUUGUUGUUUAUCGAUUUUACGAUUACCUUCAUAUUAUUAGCUACAAAAAAGAAUGAUGGUGGCUUUUAAUUUAAUACAAAGAGAAUGGUAAAAUUGAUAUUUAUCUUAUUGUGCGGAACAGAUUUUAUAAACUAUUAAUAUGAUCAAACUCAAUUCAGAUUCAGUCGAUUGAUUAGACCUUUUCUUAUGAUAUUUUACUCAAAAGACCUUAGGAGAAAUCUCAAAGGAAUUGCAAAGGCAAGCAGAGACUUGCUUCUGUUAUUUUUACUCUAUGCUAUAGUUAUAUCAACAUUUUCCUUUAUCGGAAUAAACUUAAUUGGUUAAUUGUAAACAGUGGAUUUGGAUACAUAAGAUUACGGAGAUUUCUUUCAAUUAUUUAAUAUGCUAUUUAUGACUGCCACUCUUGAUUUCUAUCCAGAUAUAAUGAUACCUGUGUUACUGUAAGGAACCUAUUAUGUAUUCUUUUUUGUGAUAUAUAUAAUUCUAUUUUUAUUUCUCUUUUAACCUAUCCCUUUGGCUAUUGUGUAUGAAGGAUUUCGAAAACAUAGAAUGUAAAUAGCCAUUUAAGAUAUUAUCAAAUAAAAGUCAGCUAUGAUGGCCAGCUUCAUUUCACUUGAUUCUAAUGAUGUGGGUUACUUAACUGAAAGUCAAUUCAAAAAAUUCCUUAGAACCUUUUACCGAGGUCAACUAACAGAUGAUCAAAUACAAAUCAUAUUUUAAGAAAUUGAUAAAGAUUUUAAGUAAAAGUAUUGUCCAAAAUAGUGAUAAGAUAUAGUUUGAUGAAUUUAAUUAAUUGUUAACAGUUUUAUAGAAUAGCAAAAGGAUAUCACUGCCUCGAAUGAAAUCAUUAAAAUGUUGGGAAUAAUUCCAAAGAUUUUGCAAUAAAUAUGGAUUGAAGAAGUUUAUUGAAUCCUGGGUACUAUAUUUAUUUGAAAAUAGGGGUUCAUAUUAUUCAUGCUAGCAAUAACAAUACUAAACUGUGCUCUCAUUAUAACAGCAUUUUUUAUUGAUGAUCUUGAAAUUUUAAGUGUUUUUGACAUUAUUGACACAGUGUUUUUAGGGAUAUAUAUCUUUGAAUGUUUGGUUAAAAUGAUAGGGAUUGGAAUUGUGGAUUUCUUUAGUGAUGGAUGGUAUAAUUAUAAAUAACUAAAAUUAGGAAUGUAUUUGAUGUAAGUAUAAUAUUUCUAUAAAUUCUAUUUGAUUAUGUAUUAUUUAAUUUUGUUACUGGAAAUAUCGUUUAAUCAAUUAAAGCAAAUAGAAUAUUGAGAAUAGCAAAAAUUUAAAAAGCAUUUCGUAUCUUUAGAGCAUUUAGGUCAAUCAAAUUAGUUGGAUAUCUGCUAUAAGGCCUAGAAAUAUUUGCUCAUGUGAAAAAUUUACUAUAUAAAAUCAUAAUUUGUAUACCACUUAUCCUUAGAUUGAUUUUGCCAGUCUAAAUAGUAUUUUUCACAUAUGCUUGCGUUGGAAUCUAUAUAUACGGAGGUAUAGAAGACGAUAAACAAAAUCCAUAUUCGAAUAAUUCAUGUGAUCCAAAUGAGUUUAGAUUUUAAUGGGGAUAAUGCAAAUAUGCAGAUUUUAAUUCAUUGGGUGGAUCAUAUUUGUUGAUGUUAUAAAUAUUUACAGCUGCCUCCUGGGGUUAAAUAGUUUUUGAAUUAUCGUAUGAAACUAACAGUUUAGCAGUUCCAAUGAUAUUUGUGGGUUCAUUUGUUUUCUUGUCCAUUUUUUUAUUAGCUUUAAUAGGAGGGUUAGUUUGGGAAGUAUUCACAGUGGUAUCUAAGACUCUAUUUGAAUAAGAAUUGGAGCAAUACAAACCAGAGGAGAGAGCAGCAGUAGAAUUGAAUUAUUAAGAUGAAGCAAUCUUAGGUAGUAGUUUUGGAACAGAUAAUGAUCUUAAAAGUGGGUCAGAAAUGAGUAAUGCUUUACAGUUAUAGAAAAAAACAGCGAUUUUAAAUGAUGACAAUCCAGAUGUGUUGUAAUUUAAACGCAGAAGUUCUAAAUUGAAACACAAUUAAGAUGAGUUAAUUGAGAUACCAAUAGAAAUUGAACCUCAUAUAGAAAUCAAGGCUUAUAAUAAGAUUUUAAAUGUUGGCAUUAAUAAUAAUAAAGUGACAAAGAAGAUAAAACCAUAAGGAGAUUUUAUAUAAAUUAUAGAGGAAUCUAUGUUUGAAAUUCAGAAGAUUUAUUGUGAUUAUUUUAUAGAAUAUCACGAAUUUCUUGAAUAGAAAUUCAUACGAGAAUCUCAUAACAUCUAUAAUGUCACAUCAGAAUAUAUAGUCCAUAUAAGAAACGAAAUCAAAAAGGAUGAAAUGUUUAAGAGAAAACAGAUUAACAUCUCCAAUCAUGAUCUAUUGAUAUAGAAUGCAGUGUUGAGAGAUACUAGUGAAGUAUAUAUAAAAAAAUAAGAGGAAGAAUUCUUAAAGCACGAAUUUGGACAAAAAUUUGAGUUGAUCAAAGAAUUGAAAUUUUAGAAUAAAUUUAAAGUGGAAAGUAAGAUAUUAUUUUCUUUGAUGGGAAUCUUAAAAUUUCCAAAACCAAAUAUUAAGUAUUUUUUCUAGAUUCUUUAUUUAAUUGAGAAUUACUUUACUUACUAAUUGCUUCCGGAUACUUCAUUCUUUAAAUUAAUUCACUCUAUAGAUGGUAGAUGGUAUUUAAUUAGUAUUGAAGAUAAUUAGAUAGUUUUCACUAAAAUAGGUAAUGGUCCUUGGACAUAUGAAAAAUUGUUGUUUGAGACAGGUCAAAUGAGAAUAUGUGAAAAUCUUAAAUUUAUGAAGGAUCAAAAAAACUAAGAAAUUAAAUUUCACAUUAAGCAAUUUCAUUCCAGUAUGAACAAGAUGGCUAAAUAAUUUGAGAUAGAUUCUAAUAAAAUUGAUGUCAGAAGUACUAUAGUAUUGUAUCAAAUUAAAAAUUCAAAAUUUUAACCAACCAAUAGCACCACUCCAAGAACUCAUGAUAAAAAAAAUAGUUAUAGCUUAAACUAUUUGACUAUGGGUUCUUAGGUAAGAUAAAGACUCGCAGAUGUGGAAGAACUUCAAGAUGAUUUGAAUCAAGAUUCUUCAAUUUAAUAUAUACAUAAGGCAGAUGAUACCCAUAAGCAUGUAAGUUAAACUAUUAUUUUUGUUCUUUCUAAAAUACAAGCUUAGGAGGGAAGAAUAGUUUAUCAAAACUAAGUUAUGUUGGCCUAAUUUAUAUAGGAUUUAGCAGGAGUAAUCUAGAAUUAUUCAUACAGUUUUUUUUAAUAAUUGGAGGAUCUAUAUUCUAUGAGAAGUUAACACAGAAGUAUGAGAUCAAAAUCACAAAUCCAUGUAUCUAAAUGA